AUAUAUAGCUCAGUGGGUCUUACCUGGUAAAAUACAAAAAAAAUAGUUUUACUUUCCUUUCAUUUCAUAGUGCAUAGCCAUGAAAUUGGGUUAACAUUGCGUCACUCGGGUCAGAUUAGGGAAUGACCCAAUGUAUAACAAUGACCCAGGUAAACGCAUUGCGUCGAGAGCAGGGCAAAACUCUGUUAUGCUGGAGUAAAACACAAGGUAAGGGCAACCGGCCCUAGUGUUGGCCCGGGUUUGCCUGUCGGGUUGGGGGUCAGCGUCAAAGCAACGAGUAGCCCUAAAUAUAACUGCCAGUUACCACGGUUAAAGUCGUGUGUGGGGAUGGGGGGGGUCUAUCAAGGCCAGUGCUGGACCCACUUGUAGAAAGCACAGUCUCAGGUUAUAACCACAUGUCUCCAUCAAGUGACAGGUUAAUAUAAAUGUUCACUGCAGGAUUAAACAAAUGCCUUUGUGCGGGAAAUCACAAAUCCAGUUAUUCUUGUCCGGACUUCUCACAACGGCCGUGCACGUGGCAUUCAUGAACCUCGGACGACGGUGGCUUAAAUUUCGACUGGUAACUUUACAAAAGCAUCACGUUACGAUAUGCAGACAAUAAGCUAAGGUCAGGUCAUGCAAACAUGUCACGCUCGUAAAAUGUCUCUCAAGGGGUUGAGUUGGGGCGGUAUGUGACAUCAAACAAAACCAUAACAAAUACGCGAACGUGAAAAAAGCCCUUGACGCGUCAGUUCUUUAUAUACUGUACACGUCUCCAUAUCCGCUAAGAGCCGCAGGUUUCUUGUUGUAGUAGUGAUUCUACUGACCACUGCAUUACACGAGAGAGAGGGAGCUCACAGCUGCUAGUGACUCACCACUUUUGGAUGAGCGCACGAUGUUGUUGGUCGAUGUUUUCCAGAUAAAGCUGAUAUUUAUAUAUUUUUGUGGUUAAAAAAAUAUGUGCUUCGUGAGCCAGGUUAUAUGAUGUAGCCGAGGACGUAAAUAAAUACGGCACCAUGUGAGCAAUGAAAACAAAAGGGCACUUCCCUACCCAGCCCAGGGUAUGAGCCAGAGAGCCACAAUCCAUCACCCACGCUUCGCUCCUCCUCCUCGUACGCCGAUGCAGCUACCACCAUCAGCAGCAUCAGCCACGGUCAAUCCACUGCUAGAUAAAGGGCUUCCCCCGAACCAGGUCGCCAUAUUUCACAAUCUUCAGAUGAAGGUGGAUCACUGAAUCCCCACAAACAAUGGUGAAGAUACAUUCUGAACGUGUUUGCCCUUCCCGAAAGCCGGCAGCGACGUUAACAUACAAAAAUCAUCACAAUAAAAACACACAAACAGGGCUGUUACCCUCAUGAGCUGCCAGAGCUAACCUACAGGAGCAGCGAAACGAUUUACACUCGAAAUAAAAAAAACCCGGAGAUUACAGCAGAUAGAGAAGCAGGGAGGGUGGUAACCGCACAAAACACAGCAUCAGCAGUAGAGGUGGCUGUGUGAUGCCCCCUCUCUCUCUCUCUCACUCCGCCAUAGGGAAGCGAAGCUAAGCCUCCCUCCUCCCCCACUCCCUCCUCCUCCUCGCUCACUCUGCAGCACGGGCAGAGGAGCAGUAGUCGAGGUUGUGCGCGUCUGGUGCAAGGACCGCGAAGAAGGAGGUGGAGGAGGAGAGGAGGCUGUACCGAGGAUGAGGUUAUUGUGAAGAGGAGAUAAAGGCAGUUGUCUGCGUGUUGAGAGGCGGUGGUGAGGAAGAGGAGGAGCGGGGACUGCGAAGAGGAGGAGUUGAGGCAGUGAAGAGAAGAGGAGGGGGGGGGGGGGGGGACCGGAUUUCAGCCGCGUGGAAGCAGCCCGCGCUCCCGUCCACGACGUGAGACGGAGGAUUAUGCCGGUUCGAGUCCGGGGCCGAGCGCGGGCAGUUUGACGGCGCGGCGGCUGGGCUCUGAGCCCGGCUCCAUCCCGGGAGGAACCAUCGCUUCUCAGGGCCUCGGCCACGGGCGGCGGGGAAACAUGAAGAAGCAAUUCAACCGCAUGCGACAACUGGCCAGUCAGACGGUCGGCAGAGCUGAGAAAACUGAAGUGCUCAGCGAGGAUCUCUUACAGGUGGAGAAGCGCCUGGACCAGGUGAAGGCCGUGUCCCACAGCACCCACAAGAAGCUGCUGGCAUGCCUGCAGGGCCAGGUGCAGGGCGACUAUGAGAAGCGCAUUAGGAAGCUUCCACAGUCCGCUCUGAGUCAGUGUCUCAUCGAGGGAGCCGCCACGCUUGGAGAUGACUCCCUGCUCGGGAAGAUGCUGGAGCUGUGCGGCGACGCCGAGAACCGCCUCGCCGUGGAGCUCACGGUGCACGAGAUGCAGGUGGAGCGCGAGGUGCUGGAGCCGCUCUUCAACCUGGCCGAGGUGGAGAUCCCAAACAUCCAGAAGCAGAGGAAGCACCUGGCCAAGCUCGUGCUGGACAUGGACUCGGCACGAGCAAGGUGGCAGCAGGCCACAAAAUCUGGAGCCCCCGGGACGAACCUCCAGACCCUCGCCGCCAAGGCCGACUCCCUGCGCGAGGAGAUGGAGGAAGCCAUCAACAAGGUGGAGAUGUGCAAGGACCAACUGGCGACCGACCUCUACAACUUCAUGGCCAAGGAAGGGGAAUACGCAAAGUUCUUUGCUGCGUUGAUCGAGGCGCAGGCCGAGUAUCACCGCAAGUCGUUGAGUGCCCUUGAGAAGAUCCUGCCGGCGCUCAAGAUCCAGCAAGACAAGUGGACAGAGAAGCCGUCGUUCGGGGUGGCGCUGGAGGAGCACCUGCAGGUGUCGGGCCGCGAGAUCGCCUUCCCCAUCGAGUGCUGCGUCACCAUGCUGCUGGAGAGCGGCAUGCAGGAGGAGGGCCUCUUCCGGAUUGCGCCGGCCGCCUCGAGGCUCAAGAAACUGAAGGCGGCGCUGGACUGCGGCGCCGUGGAAACGCAGGAGUACGCGUCGGACCCGCACGCCACCGCCGGGGCCCUGAAGUCAUAUCUGAGGGAGCUGCCGGAGCCUUUGAUGACCUUCAGCCUUUACGAAGAGUGGAUCCAGGCGUCCAACUCCCAGGACCCGGACAAACGUCUGCAGGCCCUGAAGAACGUCUGCAAUCAGUUGCCCAAGGCCAACUACGACAACUUGAGGUACCUGGUGAAGUUCUUCUCCAAACUCUCGGAGCACCAGGACGAGAACAAGAUGACGGCGAGCAACAUGGCCAUCGUGCUGGGGCCCAACAUGCUGUGGUCGCCCAACGAAGCGAGCAUGACGGACAUGAUGACGACGGUGUCGCUGCACACGGGCGGCAUCAUCGAGCCCAUCAUCCAGAACGCCAACUGGUUCUUUCCUGGAGAACUGGAUUUUGGGGUGACGGCCAAUAGCGGUGCGUCCAGCCCCACCCAGACGAACCACAAUGCCAACCACGAGAUUCCGGCCACCAUCGCUGGGGUUACCACCCCAGUCGUGGGCUCUGUGGGCUCCGUGGGGUCAAUGGGCUCCGUGGGCUCCGUGGGGUCCGGGGGACCUCCCGAGGGAGCAGGGGGUACCGGGGGAGGGUCCCCCGAAACCGAGCUUAAGGAGCCGAGGCCGCACAGCAUCGCCACCGACAACGUAUCCAUGGAGUUCCGCAAGGACGGCCUUCGGAAAAUCCAAAGCAUGGGCGUGCGCGUCAUGGACACGGACUGGAUGGCGCGCCGCGGGGGCCCCAUGGGCUCGGGGAGCUCGCUGUCCGGGGGGGGCGCCGGGCCCCACGGCUUCUCGGGCAGCGUGCGCCGCGCGGCGUCCACGUCCGGCGGGGAGCAGUCGCCCGGCGCCGACGCCACCCCGUUGGAAUCGCCGCUCAGCCCCGGGCCGCCGCUCCCACCUGCCGCCACCGCCGGCACCGGCGCCGCGCCCCCCGCGCCCCCCGCGCCCCCGAUGCCGCCCGUCCCUCCCGUACCCCCCAGCACUCCUCCGGUCGCACCCGGGGUGGCGAGCCCCUCCGCCGCCACGGUCGCCCCCGCCACGCCCUCGGCCCCGACGCCGCCGGUCGUCCCGAGGCACCACGCGGAGGAGGCCGGCGAGCACUGGCUCCAGUCCAGGCGGCUGGCUUUCCACUGUCCCCCUUCCUCCUCCUCUUCCUCCUUCUCCUCCUCCUCCCUGGAGGAGCGGCCCCCGCCCACCACGAGCUCAUUCCACCCAACGAAGCCCCCCGUGGCCGACGGGCUGUUCGGGGGCUCCAGCACGCUGCCCACUUCGCCGCAGAAACGGGCGGCGCUAGGCCACUGUGCCCCACCGUCGCUCCAGAUCCACCACCACCACCAGCACCCGCAGCAGCCGCAUCCGCAGCAGCCACAUCCGCAGCACCAUCACCCCCUUCAGCAUCACCUACAACAUCACCCUCUCCAGCUGCAGCAGCAGCAGCAACAACAGCAGCAGCAGCAGCUGCAUCAACAGCAGCAGCACUAUGACAUAAACUACAACCCUCGGCCUACCUACAUCGCGAUUCCCAAGCAGCCGUCCCCGUCGGACACUCACGUGCCGGAGCCCGGCACGGCGCCGCCCGUUUACAUGAAGACGCCGCUGCUGCUGACCAAGCGCGCCACCCUGGGCGGGCAGACGUCGGGGACGCUGGGGCCCACGGGGGGCGGCUCCUCCUCCGGCCGCACCGUCGGCUGUGGCUGCGCCCGAGAGGGCCGGCCUGGUCUGUAUAGCACACUGAGGAGCUCGGGCAAGGACGGCGCCAUGCAGAAGAGCUGCACGCUGCCAGCGCACGCGGGGUCCGGCCUCGCCCAGCUCAGCAUCGGCGCCAAUCAGACGCUGUCCGGCCCCAGCCCCGGCCUCGGCCGCAGAGCCAGCAAGAAGCCAGCGCCACCGCCACCGAAGCCGCCCGUCAAGCCGCCCUCUCUGCCGGCGGCGGAGCCGGGCAGCGAGCCGCCCACGUCGUCCGCGUCGACGAGCCGCUCGUCCACGCCACCCAGCACGCCCCCCACCAAGGCGGCGCACCCCACGCCCCCCAAACCGCCGCCGCUGUCCCCCGCCGACCCCGACGGGGAGAGCUCCGGGCGGAUGACCCUGAGCCGCCCGACCCCGCGACCCCGCCAGCGGCCCUCCGUGCCGCCGCCCCCGCAGCCCCCGGGCCUGCACCCCGGCUCUGCCACGGCGCCGCAGGACUUUAAGAGCCCGACGACGCCAGGCUCCGAGCAGCCCAUCCUCAACCACAGGCCCAGCAUGUCCACCAGCGCGUGCCAGCCGACGGCGCACGGUGCGGCGACGGCGGACGGGCUGGACGGGCAGAGGUGCCCGGAGGCGGCGCCAUGCACCCAGCCCAGCAACGGGCACGCCAAGCACUUUGACGCGGAGAGCACCGCCUUCUGAGGGCUGCCCGGCCUCCACCGAGCGCCGGGCCCGGCCACUCGCCAAACAACCCACCCCCACCACCGCCACCACCACCACCACCACCAAACCUCCGCGCCACUCUCCCCUCCUCUGUCCGUCUCCAGGUUUUUUGUUGUUGUAAAUAAGGAACGCUCCGUUUGCAUCGCAAUCUUACGAAGUAUUAUCAAACUUUCCGUGGAUUAUGCCCGUGCGGUGUGCGUGCUUCUGUCGUCGUUUGUCGUCGUCGUCGUCGUCGUGGUGGUGGGAUAAUGACCUCAGCCGGCUCAAUCGAGGACCACUUCCUUCCCCCUUGUUUACACCGCCCCGUUUUGCCUUGUGUGUGUUUUUUUUGCCGGCAACCAGAACGAGCGCCGCUCGCCUUUCGCGAACGACGCUGACGGUGCUGCUGCUGCUGCUGUUGCGAGAUGUGUGCUUGCCAGGGAUGAGGGGGUGUGGGGGUGUUUAUCCCGUGCGGUGUGACCGGGUCCAACAACUGCCAUAUCCAAUGCAUGUCUUUGCCUCUAUCUCUGUUUUUGUUUUUUUGGACAAAAGCAUCUUUGAUUUGCCAAAUAUAGAACUUGAUUGUGGUUUUUUUUUCACGCAGGAAAGAGAAGGAAAAAAAUAACAAAUGAGAAAAAUUUGAAUAAUAUCCAUUGAUUGUACUGCGAAUAGCAGUGAGUAUUUAGUCAUCUGUGAUGUCCAUGUAUUGUAGAUGCAGUAUAUAUUAAAAAAAAACACAAGUAUUUUCGAGCAGCAGAAUUGAACCUUAAUCCAGAGAGAAGGUGAGUGCCAGUUAGCUCGUAGUGCCGUGUGCUGUAUUGUAAAUCUUGGCGAUGUAAAUAAACCCGUGUGCAGUAUUCUUCAGGCCUAUAGCGUUCGUCAGUCACGACGAUAUCUACGAAGGUACUUCUGUUGCAUUCGUGCGCGUCCGUGGUUUGCGGUUGGAAACAAAAAAAAGAGCACUCCAAAAAGUUAACGAGAUGUAAAAUAAACGGUCUGUUGUUGUGUACUGCA